UCGUUCAUUUAACGUCUUCAUCUUAUCGAUCGCGCUCAGUCAGUGUCGCCAGUACUUCUGGUACUUCGAGUACUCUCAGUAUAAACCUAUCGCCGCAAGUGACGCGUAAUUAUCGAGAUACAGAUACUUCGCACACCCCAAACUAAUUAGCUGAUUGGUUUGAAUGGUUUAAAGGCCAAAGGAUACGCCGUGCUGGAAGCCAAUGGAGUCGGCGGGGCCAGCGGCCUGAGCACCAGUUCAAGUGAAACUCUUUGCGCAAGGCAGUGCGAGCAUAACCAGACCCGAUGUGGUGACCACAAAACCUGGUCGGUCAAUCAGUCUUGGUGCAACGCUCGUGGCAGCAGGAGCGGCGGCCAAAAGCAACAGCUCCAAAAUCGGCAAACACGUUUCGAGUGUCCAAUUACAAUUCGUUUACCACAUUUGCGGCACGAAGCGCGGGCCACCAGCAAUAAGCCAGCGCUUAAGUGGCCAACGUAUCUCGGCCAAAAAAAAGCACCCACAUCGAGCGUAAUCGGCCAGAAAACAGCGAUGCUCGCUUCGGGUCGCGUGUAAACCUAAAAUCGCACUGUCCGGCAGCAAAACGCUUGAUAACCCAGUUGUCUCAGACGUCGACGGGCCACCAAGGCGACAGGUUGCAUCGGAAAACAGCAGCAGCAGGAAAAGUGCGCAGUGUACGCCGCAGCACGGCCAGAAAGCAAAUACCCGGCGGAAUUAAUUUGUCAAUUAACUGGCAGCGCGGAAAAGUGGCAUACAGCUAAAAAAUAAAAAAAAAAAAUACAAUAAAAAACACAAAGCUACAAGGAAAAAUGCAGAAAUAAUAUGCACAUACAGUGAGAGUGUGUGUCUGGCGAAGCUAGUGAUCUGUGGCAAACCGGUGCGGAGAAUGCCGAGUUUUAUCAGCCCGACGCACGUACAACAGACCGCGAAUAAAGCCAAAUAGUAUACAAUUUAUCAAAUCACAAUCAAAAUCAAAGUCAAAACUGCAGAGCGGAGUGUGUGGAACGAGUGGUGGUCAGCUGACAAGAUGAAACUAUCCAAGAGCUUCGAUGAAUUGAUUCUCAAUGCCUCGCGAUUGAGUUUGAACAACUUGCGAUCGCCGGCGAAGAAAAAGGGGAAAAAUAACAUAAAUCGCUUCGGAGACUCCAUGGGUUCGCUGGGACAUCGUGCCUUGUUGCAGUACAUCGAUAAUAAUGAUAUAUCCGGUCUGCGCGCCAUUUUGGACAGCCGUCAUCUUACCAUCGAUGAUCGGGACGAGAAUGCCACCACGGUGUUGAUGGUAGUUGCUGGACGAGGCUUGACUGCCUUUGUCCGCGAGUUCCUGGCCCGUGGUGCCGAUGUUCAAGCGGAGGAUCUGGACAACUGGACGGCACUGUUGUGUGCCUCCCGCAACGGGCACCUAGAUGUUGUCCAACUGCUUCUGGACCAUGGCGCAGAAGUGGAGCAUCGCGAUAUGGGUGGCUGGACCAGUUUGAUGUGGGCGGCUUAUCGCGGACACACGGAGCUGGUGCGCCUUCUGCUGGACAAAGGAGCCGAUGGCAAUGCCCAUGGUAACUACCACCUGGGCGCCCUGUUGUGGGCGGCGGGCCGUGGCUACAAGGACAUCGUGGAGCUGCUGGUGCAACGCGGCGCUAAAGUGAACGUGGGUGAUAAGUACGGAACCACAGCCCUGGUGUGGGCAUGCCGGCGCGGAAACGUUGAGAUUGUGGAUACUUUACUUAAGGCGGGAGCCAAUGUGGACACCGCUGGCAUGUAUUCAUGGACGCCACUGCUCGUUGCAGCCGCCGGCGGCCAUACAGAUUGCGUUAGUUCCAUUCUCGAGAAGAAACCAAAUGUAAAUGCCUUGGACAAGGAUGGAAUGACUGCCCUGUGCAUAGCGAGUCGAGAGGGUUUCCAGGAUAUUGCCGCCUCCCUUAUUGCGGCUGGUGCCUACAUAAAUAUCCAGGAUCGCGGAGCAGAUACACCGCUCAUCCAUGCCGUUAAAGCAGGACAUCGAACUGUGGUCGAGGCUUUGCUCAAGAAACAUGCCGAUGUGGAUAUACAGGGAAAGGAUCGCAAGACGGCCAUUUACACCGCGGUGGAGAAAGGACAUACGCCGAUUGUUAAGCUCCUGUUGGCCACCAAUCCCGACCUCGAAUCCGCCACCAAGGAUGGCGACACUCCGCUGCUGAGAGCUGUCAGAAAUCGCAACUUGGAGAUUGUGCACUUGUUGCUAGAUCGAAAGGCCAAGGUGACCGCUAGCGAUAAAAGGGGCGACACCUGCCUGCACAUCGCAAUGCGGGCGAGGAGCAAGACAAUUGUGGAGGCCCUCCUGCGUAAUCCCAAGCACAGUCAGCUUUUGUAUAGAGCCAACAAAGCUGGGGAAACGCCCUACAACAUUGACUCCCUACACCAGAAGACCAUAUUGGGUCAAGUGUUUGGCGCCAGACGUCUGAACACCAACGAGGACUCCGAGGGAAUGCUGGGCUACGAACUGUACUCCUCGGCCUUGGCGGAUGUGCUCAGUGAGCCGACAUUAACCACUCCCAUUACCGUUGGACUCUACGCCAAAUGGGGCAGUGGAAAGAGUUUCCUGCUAAAUAAGCUGCGCGACGAGAUGAACAACUUUGCGCGCCAGUGGGCGGAACCACCGAUUCGAACCAGUGGCCUGCUCUUCAUCGUCUGUCUUCAUGUGGCAUUGCUCAUUGGAACUAUUGUGGGACUGAGCACCUGGUCAGCGGUUGUGGGCGUGUCGGCGGCAGUCGGCUUCUUGCUGCUCGCCUAUCUGCUCCUGGCAGCUGUUAGAUACUGCAAUUACCAGAUGGACAUGCAGUGGGCCUACUCUGUGCAACACGGUCUGGAGAAGAGAAUGACGAGAUUGCGCUUGAUACUUCAGGUGGCCUUUUGCCAUCCCCCGGGACCCCAAUCGGAUUCACAGGCAAAGCCCGUUCGGUUCCACUUUGCGGAGGCCAACAGCGCUUCGCCCACAGGUGAUGGAGCAGUGGCUCAUAUGCUGGCCGCUCUCUUAGAUGCUAUAGAAUCUCACUACGGAUGGCUGGCCACGCGAUUGUACCGAGCCUUCCGUCCAAAGUGCUUGAAAGUGGAUGUUGGCUGGCGUUGGCGACGCAUGUGCUGCAUACCAAUCGUUUUGAUCUUUGAAUUUGCUCUUGUCACCGUGGUUACUGGCAUCUCUCUUACCGUGGCAUACUUCACGUUUGCCGAUGAGAAAGAUAAGGAACAGAUAUUGGUGGCUCUCUAUGUAAUUGCUGCCGUGAUGGGCACGCUGAUCUGUACGCAUCUCCAUGUCCUGGCCAAGGUGUUUGUAUCCCUGUUCACCUCUCACAUCCGAGUACUAAAAAGGGCAGUUCGGUCCAGUGAGUCGGCUCCAUUGACUAUGCUGGGUGCCGAGGUGGCCGUGAUGACGGACAUGGUCAAGUGCCUCGAUGCAUUCACCAAUCAGCAGAGCCGCUUAGUUGGUGUGAUCGACGCCUUGGAUUCCUGCGAUACGGAGAGAAUUCUCACUCUUCUGAAUGCGGUGCAAACGCUUCUAUCUUCACCUAACCGACCAUUUGUUUUGCUCAUUUCUGUGGAUCCCCAUGUCAUAGCCAAAGCAGCGGAGGCUAAUAGUCGACGACUCUUCACGGAGGGCGGAAUCGGAGGACAUGACUUCCUGAGAAACUUGGUGCAUCUGCCUGUUUAUCUGCAAAACUCCGGACUGAGAAAGGUGCAACGAGCCCAGAUGACAGCACUGCUCUUCAAGAGAAGUGGCGGAGGAGAUUACCAGACAGACGAUGGACCCACAUUGGGUCACUCUGUAUCCGCUCGUCGACUGUCCAACGCCUCUGAGAUAAUCUCCAGUCAGGAGAAGCUGCGCGGGCCCGCCCGAGGAGGUGGUGGAAAGAAGCUGCGUCUCUCCGAAUCCGUGGCCAGUUCUACUGGUUCCAAUCUCCAUCGCCUGGGUCAGAAUCCCCAGACCGUGCUCGAUCUAUCGCGCAUUGUGCUCACGGAUGAUUACUUCAGCGAUGUCAAUCCACGCAGUAUGCGUCGCCUAAUGAACGUGAUCUACAUCACGGUGCGCUUGCUAAAGGCCUUCCAGAUUGAGUUCAGCUGGUAUCGCCUGAGUUCUUGGAUCAAUCUCACUGAGCAGUGGCCCUUGAGAGCAAGUAUGAUAGUGCUGCAUCACGAUCAGUUCAUGGACGGCAAUGCUGAUGAGAGUGUAUCGCUGCAAAGUGUUUACGAGAAAUUGCGACCCAAACUCGCUUACUUGAGAGAAGCUGCUCCACUUCUGGAGUUGGAUAGAGAUGAACGAAAGCUCGACGCCUUCCUGCAGCUGCACAAAUCAGAUUUACUCGUGGCGGAUCUCCGCAUCUUCUUGCCCUUCACCAUUAAUCUGGAUCCCUACUUAAGAAAGGUCUUAAAGGAGGAUCAGCAAACCAUCGAGGACGAGGGCUCCCUAGUGAUACAAGCAAGGCCCAGCGUUUCCAAUACUAUGCGUCAAUUCCCAGCACCCACCACUUAUGUGCCUUCGCCGCAGGCUUAUCCACCCUACCAAAUGUUCCAGAACGAGUAUCCUGCCAAUGAGUUACGCUCCAGGAAUCUCAGCACGAGCACAGAACCUGUCACCCCACUUAUUAACUCACCUAGUGAUUCGUUUGGUGACGAUAUCCUGCAAACCAAGCUGACCGAUCUGACCGUUGAGGGAGUCAUCAGCCUGCUGGAUCGGAUUGAGGACAUGAAACCAGCGUUGCCCAAACUAGCGCCCGUGCUCCGCGAGAAUGCAAUCAAUGGACGUGUGCUGAAACACUGCGAUAUGCCGGAUCUGAAAUCGGUUUUGGGCCUGAGCUUUGGCCACUGGGAGCUGUUCCGCCUGCUGAUCACCACGUUGCGGGAAUGCGAGCGAUUGCCACGGAAGCAGCAGCGUCAGCAGCAGCAACCGGGUGCGUUGGAGGCACCAUCGAAUGUCCCGAUGAUUAAGGAUGUGACGGAUGCCCUGAUGCAGCCACCCAGAGAGUCCCUCUCGCGAAAGAACUCCGUCAGUCAUAUGGAGAAGCAGUCAAAAGUGCAUGACUACGAGUAUCUGCAGGUCACGCUGGAGGAGCAGAUGAUCUGCGGCACCUUGCAGACUCUGAAUGAGGAGGCGUACGAGGAUGUGGCCAGUAGCGAGCGACCGAGUCCCACAGAACUCGACACACCGACUGCCGGAGCAGCAAUGACGACCCCAUUGCUCGGUGCCUCCGGCUCUGUGCCAGCGCCGUCAGGUCGGGAAUCUAUUUUAAAGCAGCAGGGAAGCGUCAAAGCCGACAAGCGAGUAUCGAUUCAACAAACGGCGACCAGCAACAACAACAACAAUAAUAGUACCAAGCUAACGCCAAAUGUCGAGUAUGUUUCCGAACGCCAGCCGGAAGUCCAAGGUGCCGGCAAGCGCUUGACAACCAAGCCGCCACCAGGACCUCGACCCGCCUCGCUGAUCAUCACCAGAAACGAUUCCAACUCACAGUUCCAGCUGCUGCGCUCCUCCUCAGUGGACUACGACGACGUGGAGGCCCAGGACCACCGGACCACGAUAAGGACCACUCUGCUGGAACAGCAGGAGGAAGAGGAAUCAGCCCCGUUCGUCUUUACAGUGCGAAAAUGACACAAUCUUCUCUACUAGGUGAAACCAGCCAAUGAGAUGGCCAUUUAGUGCCAGCUACGCUUAGUUACAAAUUAGUUCUAACGCAAUUAGCUAAUAACUGGAGGACUUUGUGGAAACUCUGCCUUUUGGGUUACACAAUGAUGUAGUUGUAUAGACGGUACGCUAAGAAAAGACACUUUGUUUGCAAGUCCUGGUUGUAAGUCACAGAAAACACAACUUGUUAUAAAUGUAUAAUGCAUGUGCAUCCUUAUAUUAUAUAAAGAAAAUGAAAGUGGGUUGUUGGA